CUAAUGGUGUUUACCACGGUUUUUUAUGAGAUAUUUUUAGAGUAAAUGUAAAAUUGUAAACCGCACGAGACAAAAAUGUUGAAACGUCAUUUGAAUGUAUAAUUUUCGUUUUGACGAUGACGUGUUGUUGACAUUGUUAAAUUGCAAACUUUUCCUGUCGGAGAAGAAAGAUAUACAUCCUUCUCGCUCACACUUGCGUUGUGCAGCAUUCAACAAAACAAGAGAAGAUGGCGGACCAGCAAAAACAUGCCUAUCCACCAACUGAGCAACCUCCUCAUCCAUCUCAAAGUGCCUACCCACAUACUAUGGGAUACCCUCCUGGGCCAUAUGGUGCAACCCCUCCUGGGCAACCUGGUUAUCCUGCUCCUCCUGGGCUGCCUGGCUAUCAUGGGCAACCUGGUUAUCCUGCUCCUCCUCCUGGGCAACCAGGUUAUGGAAUGCCCCUCCUGGGCAGCCUGGUUAUGGAAUGCCCCCUCCUGGGCAGCCUGGUUAUGGAAUGCCCCCUCCCGGACAACCUGGUUAUGGAAUGCCCCCUCCCGGACAACCUGGUUAUGGAAUGCCCCCUCCUGGACAACCUGGUUAUGGAAUGCCUCCUCCUGGUUAUCCCGGUGGAUAUGCUUACCCUUCGAGUUCUGGAUAUCCUCACUCUCAUGGUGAUAAAACAAAAACUGGCAAUGACAGUGAUGACAGCCAGCCAGGUGAUUCAGCAUUAAGAUCCAAAGGCCAAGGGAAGAAGAUUUAUUGCAUUUUCCAAAACCUAACAGGGAAAAAAGUUGAAUUGUAUCAAAUUGAUGCACAUGGCAAAGUUCAUCGUCUUAUAAAACUGAAGGAUGGGAAAAAAGAGAGGCUGGAGGUGUAUGAAGGUGAUGUUUUUGUGGCAGGCAGUACAAAGAAGAAAAUGAGGCUUUUGAUUAAUAACAAUACUGUAUAUACUGCCAUGACUGAGAAAGAAGGCGAGAAUACUGUACUUGCUCACAUCUCUCGUGGGCCAGAUGAAGUUGAUGAUCUCUCCUCCGAUGAACACAACAAUGUUGAAGUAAAAGUUAAGUUCGUUAAUCGCUCUAAAAAUACAGUACAAUUGGUGCUAAUUGAUCACAAAGGAAAGUGGCUAAAUAAAAAAGUCGUCAUCCCUGGAAAAUGCUACACAACAAAGUCAUACGGGGGUCAUAAGUGGAUAGCACAUGAUGUCCAAGACGAAGAUGAGGGAUUGUAUUUAAACUACGGUUUUUUUUACUCUCCGUGGAAGUCAAAACUUGCAAAGGAACGUGUGAUUAUUACACACGAUCGACCAUUUUCAGAAUCUUCGAGUAGUGGAUCUUCGAGCAGUAGCGAUUGAACUCAGACAUUUAAUUUUUGGAAUGUAAUUUAAGGCAAUUUGUAAACAUUUUGUUACAUGAGGAUUAGCUUAGAUCGUGAAAAUCAAUAUUAAAGAGAGUGAAGGUAGUGAA